CCUUGUAAUGCCUUAAUAACCUUCUAGUUGUGUCUGUAAAUUACCCACCCAAUUAGAGUGUAAGCUCUACGGGGCAGGGACCUGCCUCCUCUUGUCUCUUUGUCACUUAGCUCUGGGGAAUCUUUAACGUAACUGUACUUUAUAUUUAGCCAUUAAUAUAAUGUUUGUUCUGCUGUACAGCGCCGUGUACAUGAGUAAUGCUAUAUACAUACAUACAUACACACAUACAGAGAUACUGGUAGAGGGGGAGGGGCCACUUGUAAUACUAGAGAGAGAGAGUGGCAGUCAGGGAGGGCGGAGCUACUGAUCCAUAGGAAGUAAAUACAUAAGGGACUCAGAGAAACAGGGAGACAGUGGGUGUGAGUGAGAGAGUCCAGAGUCCAACCCACACCCUGUAUAACCCCCAUUCCAUAUAACCCCCACCCUGGGAGUCAUAGAGUUAAUUGGCCCUCACUCACUGGGAGACUCACUGGGACUCUGGCGCUGAGAUUUCCAGAGGAAUAAGAACCAGGAAAUAAUCAUCCGGACUGCGGGACCAGGACUGGCAGAGAGAUGCCGCGGGGGCGGGACUUGCACACACUGGCGGAUCUCUGCCUACAGAACAUUGCGGAGAAUAUGCAGAGCCUGUGGCUGAAGGAUUAUACAGAGAAGUACAUGGAGGAAUAUAACUUUAUGUACAUAGAGGGGCCCUUCAACCAACUGUCUGGUGCCAUAGUGCAGGAGCUACUGAGGAUUCUGGGAGAAUCCCACAAGUUGAAUAAGGCCGGCCUCCAUUUGUUACUCCAGCCCCACCUGACUGAGCUGAGUCUCCGCCCUUGUGCAGGAUUGGUUAAUAAUGCCAUCACCCACCUAGUGGCCCGGCGCUGCAAGAUUCUCACCUCCCUGGAUCUGGGCUCCUGUACCCGGGUACCCGCCGCCUCCCUGGCGCAGCUGAUUGAGGGGCUGCCCCGCCUAACAAAGCUCUGCUUGGCCGAUACCCAGAGUGACAGUCAGGUGCUGCUGGCAGUUGGCGCUCGGUGCCCGCGCCUCAGGGAAUUGGAUAUCUCCGGCUGUAGGAAGCUGAGUGCCGCCUCCCUGCCCCACCUGGUGUUCAGCCCUAAGCAGGGCACCUUCCAGUGCCAGGGCCUGCGGGUGCUGCUGAUGCGGGGCAUGAAGCAGGAGAAUGUGCCCCAGCAGUGGGUGGAUGCCCUGUGCUUCCUGCUGCUGGCACUGCCCUCUCUGGAGCAGGUGUGUAACCCGGCCCUGUCCCAGGUCCUAAAGCUCCUCCGUGCCAAUCCCUGCCCGGAGCCCAAAAGCACCCUGCCUGGCUUCCCCUCCCUGGCACAGCUGGCGAGUACCAGGGGCCUGACAGACAAGGGAAGCAGGGGGCAUCCUGACGGGACUCUGUGCCCAGGGGCCCCGGGCAGGGAUUGGGCAGGGGCCCCGGGCAGGGAUUGGGCAGGGACCGAGGGCAGGGAUCGGGCAGGGCCCCUCCUGCAGCUGAACAAGUUGGACGAUAUAGAGGAGGAGGAUCUGGAGAUAGUGGCCUCCCUGUGCCCCCGGGUGAGGGACGUGGCCAUUGCCCUUGGCAGUCAGGGGGGGCCGACCCUUGUGCCCUGGCAUCAUGUUACCCAGCUGACCCUACACUGCCCGGGGCAGGCAGAGAGGAGCCUGGAGGAGCUGAUUGGCUCCCUGGAGGGGGUGGGCAAGGAGCUGCUGUUCCUAUCCAUUCAGAAUGUGCGUUGGGGUGAGGGGCAGUCGCUGGAUGCCCUGCUGAGACUGUGCCCGAAGCUCCGCUCCUUCCAGUGCCACCUUGCCCCCUGUGCCCGCCCCGUGUAUAACCUGGAGCCGGGGGCUGAGCUGCCCCCCUGGGGGCACAAUCCCAUACCCCUCCCACACCUGCACAGCUUCUCCCUGCUGCUGGAAGGGGGGGACCCCGUACCCCCGGGCUUUCAGCACACUUUGGGGGGCACCUUAGUGUCGCUGUUUAGCGGAAGCCCCAAACUGGAGAAUCUGUCCCUAUGGGGGGUCCCGGUGCUGCUGGAUCUGGUGUUUGAGACUGUCCUGUCCCUGGUGCCCCCGGCCCCCCUGCGCAGCUUGCGGGGGGUCUCCCUGUGUCGGAGCCAAGUCACCCAGUGGGGGGCCACCCUGCUGCUCAGGUCCGACAAUCGCUUGGCAUCUCUCGACCUGUCUGACUGCCGCCAUGUCACCUGCAGGGACUUCCACAAGCUGCAGGACUGGGCCCGCAAGGAGAAGCUGCAGGUCGCCAUUAGCUGGCGGUGACCCGGGGGUAUUGGGGGGCCCCCCCACAUGGACCUGUCUGUCCUACAGCAGUGGGCACACCCCCUGGAUAUCACAUGACUCUGGGGUAUGGGGGGCCCCCCACAUGGACCUGUCUGUCCUACAGCAGUGGGCACACCCCCUGGAUAUCACAUGACUCUGGGGUAUGGGGGGGCCUCUGGUACACCCCCUGGGAUCAGAGAGAGGCUGGGUAUGACCAGUAGCUGUGCCCGGGGGUGGGGGGUACGGCCGUGCCUUAUUGUACAUAGGGGCCUCUUGCACUUUAUAUAAAUUCCCAGUAAAGCCGAGGGCACUAAUCACC